UAAUCUGAUGAGUCUCUGUUUGAAGUGAUGUCUAAGGGAUAGCCCGGCUUCUCGCCUAAUUAGCAAAUUUAGUGCAGAGCCUUGAGAAGUUUAUAAAGACACUGGCUGAGGACAGGAGGGGACAGUCCUCAACAUAUCAACUCACCAGGAUAGCCACCGGAUAGCAGCCGCUUAACCACAAUCUUACUGCUUCUUUGAGGUGCACUAUAACUAGCAGACCAGACCAGACCUGAAGACAGUUGUUCUCUCUCUGACUGAUGAGAAUGCCACACUUAAGUGACUGUAGUUACUACAAGAUGCGAAACGGAGCCCGAGUUUCCAAUGUCUGUAUGGAACAGGUCCAGAGCCACCUGGAGGGCUCCAAGUUCCACCUGCACCAGGCCCAGAGUCAGCAGGUCAAGCAGUACCUUACGCUGGGUUCCAAGAUGGCCGGGGUACAGGGGGGCCACCCUCACCCCACUGGGCAGGGAGGGCAGCUCCUGGGCACCGUUCCAGUGAUGAGGAACGGCCACAUGGCCCCCCUCAGCGACGGCAGCACCCCCAGCAGCCCUGUUACACUGCUGACCCUGGCAUGCAACCACGACAGCGAGUUUCCAAUGGAUGAAGUUAUUGAUGACUUGAUUAGCCUGGAGUCCGGGUUCAAUGAUGGGGGCUUGGAUUGUAUGGAGCCCAGCAUCAUAAUGCAAAACAAUGUGCUUAGCAGCAGCAUGCUGGACAUCUAUGGGGGUGAACCAGGUAUGACUACAGCCCCUCAUGGCCGAAUGAAACCCACCUCAUGCCCCACUAAGCUCAGUACUGUAAAAAGGGAAGUCACAGAACAUGAAACGAGAGGGAUGGCCAAAGAACGACAGAAGAAAGACAACCACAACUUGAUUGAAAGAAGAAGAAGAUACAACAUCAACUACAGAAUCAAAGAACUUGGAACAAUGAUACCAAAGUCCAAUGACCCUGAUAUGCGCUGGAACAAAGGCACCAUUCUCAAGGCGUCGGUGGAGUACAUCAAGUGGCUGCAGAAGGAGCAGCAGCACGCCAGAGAGCUGGAGAACAGGCAGAAGAAGAUGGAGCAGGCUAACAGGAGACUACUGCUCAGGAUCCAGGAGUUGGAGAUCCAGGCCCGUGCUCACGGCCUCCCCAGCAUGGCCACAGCCCUGGGUACUGUAGAGCUCUCCUCCCACCUCCUCAAACAACAACAACAACAACAACAACAACAGCAGCAGCACCAGCCCUUGGCUCCCCAGUCACAGCAGGGUCCCCAGCCACCCCUGUACCAGGAAGAGCUGAACGGGGAGUACCUCCAGAGGACCUCCAUGCCAGCCAUGACCCCUGGGGGGGUCACUGGGGUUACAGACCAGGGUCAGGGGGUGGUUGACGGCUCCACCACCUUCUCCGACCCGCUGUCUCACUUCACAGACUUCUUCAGCGCCACGCUCAAAGAGGAGCAACGGCUGGACGAGAUCCUCAUGGAUAACCCGCUCUCGCCAUUCGGCACCGACCCGCUUCUCUCCGCCGGCUCGCCUGACGCAUCCAAGGACUCCAGCCACAGGAGCAGCUUCAGCUCGGACGAUGGCGACGACGACCUAUGAUCCCUGACCCCUCCGCGACCCCACGGUGACCCUGUGUCAAAGGACAUACAGCAGUUGGUCACCCUCACAAAGUGGUGCAGGGAUUUGCUCCAGCCCAGAACCAACAACACAUCUGAUUCCACUGAUCAGCUCGAAUCAUUGAGAGCUUGAUUAAUGGGCUCAGAAGUGUUAGUGCUUGGCCAUAGCAGAAGCCUGCACACCCUAUGGCUCUCCAGGACCAGGGUUAGUUACCACUGGCACUCCCGCUUUUUAAAAACUUUGGUCGAGAGUGCAUACAGCACCUCUGCCUCGUGGACAGAACCAGACUCAUGAGAAAAAGGGAGAUAGACAAUCGGUCCAUACUGAUCCUAUAAUACUGUUCCACAGUGCAUUGAAUACUGAGGUUGUUGUACACCACUUUAAACUAUACAGACUACUUCAAUGUACCUGUACCAUGUCUUUGCAAUAUGCCAAAAGAGGACAGUGUCCCUUUCAGAGGUGUAAUACUACAGUUAUGGUAUAAAAGGACUUUAAACCAUUGAGGUUCACUGAUAGGCCCUAUCUAGAGCUAGUUACUGGUGGUUCCUCUUCCAAACAGAAAUUAAAAUGGAACAGUGAUACUAGCCGAAAAAGUCUAACACAUCCUUCGUUUGUCUUUAAAUUUAUUUUUACAAAAUGUUUUAUGUAUUUAUAUGUGUUUUAAUCCAAGUAUUCCUAAAAAAACAUGACAUUUCCUAACAUGCUCUCUUUUUUAUUCUUAGUGGGGGUGGGGAAAUAUAAUAAAACCCUUUUUUUAAUAAAUCAGACAUGGGAGUCUUGUCAUUAUAAUCACACAUGCGUACCACAUACCCAACACAAAAGCUCUGGUGUUUAAUUUGUAAUAUUGCGCCAUACUCUAUCAUAAAUAAUUACGAUAAAAUAAAAU